AUUAUUGGAUUUAGUUUUCAUUUAUUCCAAUUAAAAAUUCUGAAACAAUAUGCGUGUUGAAAUACAAAAAUAAACAAGUCUGGAAAUGGACAUAAAGCAAGGCGACUGUGGAAUUUAGAAAGAACGAGCUUUUGCUGUGCGCGUGAACGCAUCACCGGCGGUGAGCGUGGCAGUGAGAACCGAGGAGAGGAUGAAGGAGGAGGAGGAGGAGGAAGAAGCAGCAUGAAGCGUCCAGCCGCCACCUAGGCUCAAACACGGCUUCCCUGGUUGUCUCGCAAGGGAUGCAAGAUGGAGGCGAACCAGCACUUUCUUUGCGGGGUGGUGGAAGGUUUCUAUGGGAGGCCUUGGUCUAUGGACCAGAGGAGAUUUCUCUUCCAGUGGAUGCAGAAUUGGGGUUUAAACACUUACCUGUAUGGUCCAAAAGAUGACCUGAAGCAUAGAUUGUUGUGGAGAGAAGUCUAUUCACCUGAAGAGGAAGGUCAACUGCGCACUCUUAUCACGGAGGCCCAAUCGAGAGGCCUAAGGUUCGUUUACGCCCUCUCUCCCGGUCAGGACAUCGUCUUCUCGUCCUCCUGUGACCUGACUCUCCUGAAACGCAAGCUGAGACAAGUGUCUGACCUCGGUUGCCAGGCCUUCGCCAUCCUGUUCGACGACAUCGAUCACUCCUUGUGUCAGGCUGACAGUGAGGCCUUCUCUUCAUUCGCACAUGCUCAGGUCACCGUAACCAAUGAGAUUUACCGCUUCUUGGGGGAGCCGCCCGUCUUCCUGUUCUGCCCCACAGAGUACUGCAGUUCUCUGUGUUCCCCCAGCGUGCAGAAGUCUCCUUACCUGCAGACUGUUGGCGAGGACUUGCUUCCCAACAUCACAGUAAUAUGGACAGGUAGCAAGGUCAUCUCUCGGGAGCUUUGUGUGGACCGCCUGGCCGAGGUGGAGUCCGUCCUUCAGCGCCCGCCGCUCAUCUGGGACAACCUGCACGCCAACGACUACGACUCCCGCCGGCUCUUCCUGGGUCCAUUCAAGGGCCGCGAGCCUUGGCUGAGAGGCCACCUGAGGGGCCUUCUCCUCAAUCCCAACUGCGAGUUUGAGGCCAACUACAUCCCGCUGCACACGCUGGCAAGUUGGUACAGAGCUGGAAGCCAGGAGAGCAAAGAUGAGGAGACAGAUUAUUGUCCCGACAGAGCUUUGUCUGCUGCCUUACACGACUGGAUGGAAGAACUCAACCAACCUCUACAAGCAGGUCGGCAGCGCGCACGAGCAGAGCAGCGCAGUUCCCGAUCCAAAACCCCGGACGGAUCCGACUGCACCGCCACCUUUCGAGGGGCCUCUGUGGUGGCCAAACUCCCCGUGUUCCCCCUCAACUCAAGCUCUCCCCCUCCCUCACCCACUAAGAGCAAAGGGGAGAGGGAGGUCCAAGAGGGCGGGAAACGGCAGCCGGGUCAAGCCGACAACCGAGCGCCGGCAUCCAGGUCCGGCGCUCCUUCAGGGGGAGGCCAUGGACAUAAGGCCCGUGGUCGAGGUCACUCCGGUGGGAAGGGCCUUCUGAGCGAAUCCCAGGUGCGGCUGCUGGUGGGCCUCCAUUAUCUGCCUCACGAGCAUGGCCCGUCGGCCCAGAAACUUCUCCAGGAUCUCACCUGGCUCAAAAGCAACUGCCACCUGGUCUGCGCCAACAGCAAGAAGAGUUCACCUCACAAGGUGGAUGAAUGGCGGGGUCGGGCCUCUGAGUUCCUGUCUCUGUGCGAAGACAUUGCGCAGCUGCACUGCAGCGUGGUGGGCGGGGCCAACCGGGCUGUGCUGUAUGACCUUUACCCGUAUGUGUGGGACCUGAGGAACAUGGCACUUGUGGCCAAGGCCUUCGUAUGCUGGCUGGAUGGUCGCGUCCUGAAUGACAGCGCCACCUUGGCCUCCUGGAGGAAUUGCUUCCACUUGUGCGGGAAGACCGCAGGAACGGACGUGCUGCGAGAGGAGUCGGAGCCGUGGGCGUUUAAAGGAGGCGUAUCCGGGGAAGUGCAGAUGCUUCUCCCAAUAGGCAGCAGCAGUGAACUCUUCACUCACCCUCCUCCUCUCUUCCCCACCUCGCGUCUCUACAACAUCAGGCCCUACCGCAGUAAGGACAAGGUGGAGUUGUACCGGAUGGUGCGUCAGCUUCACCUGAGGUCUCAGUGUGGCCAAGAGUCGGGUGCGUCUCAUCCGGAUGUCGUAGGAGACAGGUGCGGGUCACGUGAUCUGGAUCUGCACAGACACAGAUACGAGUCACAAGAGUCAUUUGGCUUGUUUAGGUGUCUGGGAGCAUGCCUGGCCUUGUGCCCCGAGUACAGCUUCAUCUUGGAGGAUGAGCUGGGCGUGUGCGGCUGUAUUUUGGGCAUCCUGGACGUCGGCUCUUUUGCCAAGAGGUGUCAGGCCAGCUGGUUGCCCGCCAUGAGGGACAAGUACAUGCCCAACGGAGGGCACGCAAACACGCAGGACUUAAUCAAGCUGAUGGAGGAGGACCAGGGAGAGUAUCCGGACUCGCUCCUCUAUCACUUCCCUUCCCAGCUGCGUCUGGACAACCUGCCCGAGCUGGUGGACGUCAGCGUCAGCCGCACCCUGCUCGUCACCCUCCUGGCGGCCCUCAAGGCCAACGGUUCUCAGGGCGUGUUCUGCGAGGUUCAGCCCACCGACCGCCAGAGGCUGGAGUUCUUGACUAAACUGGGCUUCCUGGAGAUCCUCAGAGGGGAAGCCAGGAGCAGAGAGGGGCUGGUGAUGGCCAGGCUGCUUUGAGGACAUCGUCUCUCACAGGCACACGCUGAAAAAGUCACCUUAGUCCAAACACACGCACACGCACGUGUCAAGACAAGCGUUCAGCAAUGAUGCACUUCUUUGCUUCAUGGUCGAUUUACAAAAUCAAACACUUAGAUGUCGUCUAAAGAUGUCGAGACAAAAAUAAUAAUAAUGAGGUGGGAGCAGAGUGUUCGGAUCAAAUCUGGAUUGAAACUGGCUUUAAUUACACCCCAAACUGUAAAGUGUGUCCUGCAUCCAAAAUAGGACGUCGUCUGCUAGCUCCUGGAGAAUUUUACACGUGCUUAGUUUAGAUGGGUGUUUAGAUGCAUGAAACCUUGUGUGGCUAUUCAUAAAAAUCAAAAAAGAAAUGACAUUAUAAAGAAAGCUUGGAUGUAAAAGUCACAGAGCUGUUUCAGCCGUGGUAGUUUUUAAGUCUUAAAACAUAAAACAUACUCCGAAUGCUAGUGCAUGUGAAUACAAACUACAUAGCGCACACAUAGAAAUGUUUACAUUGGCUUUUUUCUGAAUUCAACCUUGACAUUUCAUCACAGGCCAAAUGAGCUGCCGCUGAUGUCGCCUCCCUCGUGAAAUUACAAAAAAUGACAUCGUCAAAUGAGCAAAAACCUGCGGCAAGAAGCACAAACAACAGCACUCGCACUUCAACUGAACGUACGCACGAAGAAUGUUCAUUCGCUCAACAGACAAAAAGUUUGUGCAAGUAUUUUGUAUUCAUACUUUGCUUUGGGUUGUUUUCUACAAUUCACGCUCAAGCAAUCAAUCAAUUACAGACUGAAAAGCACUUUUGUAUGUUUCUUAUGACCAAACGCAUCAACGCUGUCUGUGAGAAGAGAAUAAAGUCCCACAUCUGAAAGCAUGUUGAUUCAAAAGAAAAGAACUAAAAAGCACUGUGGCAGAAAAGCUCAUAGGCGUAAUUAUAGAAGCAAUUUGAAAAGAAGUGUAUGUGGGGCGUGUUAAGGCAAUAAUCCUGGGAAAUAUGUUGAAAAUCAUCCACAGCGGCAGCAUUGUGGGAAAAGAACAUGCAGUUAUUCCUUCACUUGUGCACAAUAAUAAUAAUAAUAAUAAUAAAAGUUGCCUUCAGUUGUCA